GAGGUCGUUACAACAGCCUUUGUUGUUAUUAUUACUUGUGCUGUAUUGUCAUUAUUAUUGCUCAAAAAUAUCUCUCCUAAUCUCUCCACUCCACACUCUCAUUUUAUCAUUACCACUGCUUCAACAUCUUCUUAGCUUCUCAAACAGUUACAGACUGUACUUACUGACAUUUACACACACAUGCAUAUAUUCACCAUAGUUGAGACCUUUCUGCUAUAACUAUCUACUGGGGUCUUGAUCACUUUCACUCAGGAAGCUCAGGAGUGUAGCAUUUAUUAAGAAACUCAACGGGAGAAUUCAGAGUUUAUUUAGAAGAACCAGAUCCAGAUGGCUACAUUUGGGGAUAUUGGACUUGCGGCAGCUAUCAAUAUCAUCACUGCGCUGAUCUUUCUCAUAGCUUUUGCCAUACUAAGACUUCAACCUUUCAACGAUAGAGUUUAUUUUCCGAAAUGGUAUCUUAAGAAAUUAAGAGAAAGUCCAUCAAGGUCUGGGACAUUUGUUAGCAAGUUUGUGAAUUUAGAUAUCAAAUCAUAUGUCAAGUUUCUCAAGUGGAUGCCUGAUGCAUUCCAAAUGCCAGAACUCGAGCUUAUUGACCAUGCAGGAUUGGAUUCUGUUGUGUACUUAAGGAUUUACUUGCUUGGGCUCAAAAUAUUUUUCCCAAUAAUGUUGCUGGCAUGGGCUAUCCUUGUCCCAGUCAAUGUUACAAAUGACACUUUAGAGAAUACCAAAGGAGUAACAUUCAGCAAUAUUGAUAAACUUUCUAUUUCAAACAUCCCGCUAGGGUCAGACAGGUUUUGGACUCAUAUAGUGAUGGCCUAUGCCUUCACAUUCUGGACCUGUUAUGUGCUAAAAAUGGAGUAUGAGAAAAUUCAGGACAUGCGAUUGCACUUUCUGGCAUCAGAAAAGCGCAGACCAGAUCAGUUUACAGUUCUUGUAAAGAAUGUACCACCAGAUUCUGAUGAAUCGGUGAGCGAGCUUGUUGAGCACUUUUUCUUGGUCAACCAUCCUGACCACUAUCUCACUCAUCAGGUUGUGUGCAAUGCAAAUAAACUGGCUGAACUAGUUGAAAAAAGAAAAAAAAUGCGGAAUUGGCUCGACUACUACCAAAUAAAGUAUUCUAGAAAUCAAUCAAAACGUCCCAUGAAGAAGACUGGUUUUCUAGGACUUUGGGGAGCAAAAGUGGAUUCAAUUGACUACUACACCUCAAAAAUAGAGAAAUUGUCUAAAGAAAUAGCUGCAGAGCGAGAAAGUGUAACAAAUGAUCCUAAGGCUAUUAUGCCAGCAGCAUUUGUCUCCUUCAAAACUCGUUGGGCUGCUGCAGUCUGUGCCCAGACGCAACAAUGUAGAAAUCCAGUUAUGUGGUUAACAGAGUGGGCUGCAGAGCCUCGUGAUGUAUAUUGGCCAAACCUGGCAGUUCCGUAUGUUCAAUUGACUGUUAACAGACUAAUAGUUGCAGUUGCGUUCUUUUUCUUGACAUUCUUCUUCAUGAUCCCUAUAGCCAUGGUGCAAUCACUUGCAAAUAUUGAGGGUAUUGAGAAAGCAGCACCAUUUUUGAAGCCUGUAAUUGAAGCCGAUUUUAUCAAGUCAUUUAUACAAGGUUUUCUACCUGGGAUAGCAUUGAAGAUCUUCCUUAUACUCUUACCAACUAUAUUGAUGAUAAUGUCCAAGUUUGAAGGAUGGCUGAGUAUUUCCGCUUUAGAGAGGAGAUCCGCGUCCAGAUUCUAUAUGUUUAACUUUGUAAAUGUUUUCCUUGGGAGCAUAGUUGCAGGAGCUGCAUUUGAACAGCUACAUACUUUUAUUCAUCAGUCAGCACAAGAUAUCCCUACAACCAUCGGUGUGGCUAUCCCUAUGAAAGCAACUUUCUUCAUAACAUACAUAAUGGUUGAUGGAUGGGCUGGUCUAGCUGGAGAGAUAUUAAGGUUAAAACCCCUGAUAUUCUACCACUUAAAGAACACCUUCUUAGUGAAAACUGAAAAGGAUCGAGAGGAGGCAAUGGAUCCCGGAAGUCUGGGUUUCGACACUGGGGAACCUCAAAUACAGUUGUACUUUCUAAUAGGCCUUGUCUAUGCCGUUGUUACCCCACUGCUGCUCCCUUUUAUACUGAUUUUCUUUGCCUUCGCGUUUGUUGUAUUUCGUCAUCAGAUCAUAAAUGUCUACAACCAAGAGUAUGAAAGUGCUGGGGCAUUUUGGCCUGAUGUCCACGGACGUAUAAUUGGUGCAUUAGUAAUCUCCCAACUCCUCUUUAUGGGCUUAUUGAGUACCAAAGAAAAAGCUCAAUCAACACCAGUUCUCAUCGUGCUUCCCGUUCUUACCAUAUGGUUCCAUCGGUACUGCAAAGGUCGCUACGAACCUGCAUUCGUCAAGUACCCAUUGCAGGAAGCCAUGAUGAAAGAUACUUUGGAGCGAGCAAGGGAGCCAAAUCUGAACUUAAAGGGCUACCUUCAGAAUGCUUACAUCCACCCCGUUUUCAAAUCUUGUGAUGAUUCAGACUCGGAUGAUGACAUGAUUGAAGUGCAUGAGAAAUGGGAGCAAGAGCUGGUGCCUACAAAACGACAGUCACGAAGAAAUACACCAGCUCCAAGCAAGAUGAGUGGUGGUUCUUCCCCAUCCAUGCAUGAGGUUUUUCCUGAAUAUUCCAAACCUUAAUUUUUGGUGCACUUUGCAUGGAUUGUAAAGAAGUGAAGGCGCGCAACAAUGUGGCACAAUAUUAGCCUACUGUGAAAAUGUAUCUUGGCUCUGUCCUAUACCUCGUGAUAUAGAUGUAAAUCUUUCAAUUAAAAUGUAGAAAAUCUAGAGGCAAACUCCCACUUAACUGUAUCUAAUGUUAAAGAUUUGUAGCCCCUGUUAAAGACCUUUUCCCUUACUUCUUGUGAA